AUGGAAGCCAGAGGACAAAGGCGCGGAUGGGAGCGCUGGUGGAUUUUUCUGUGUUUCUCUUUGCUUGUGUGCUUUGGACAGCAGGUUUCAGUGCAGAUUAGAUAUUCUGUUCCAGAAGAGGUGAAAGUGGGAUCUGUCGUCGGAAAUUGUGCUAAUGAUUUGGGUCUUGAUGUCAGUACAUUGGCGGACAGACGGUUUCGUAUUGUGUCUGGAUCUAAUGACGCUCUUUUCCAGGUAAAUCAGAACAAUGGCAUCUUGUAUGUGGAUAAGCACAUUGAUAGAGAUGAGGUGUGUGAUGGAAAUAGCGCCUGCUUGAUUAAUUUGAAAAUAGUUGUCGAAAAACCCCUCGAGGUCCAUUAUGUGGAGGUUGAAAUCACAGAUGUAAAUGAUCACUCUCCUUCUUUCCACGAUAAAGACUUCUAUCUAGAGAUUUGGGAAAACACUGUUACUGGAACACGAUUUGAACUUCAAACUGCUCGAGAUCUGGAUAUGGGAGUUAAUUCAGUUCGACAUUACCAGCUGAAGAUUAGUUGUUUGAAAUGUUUGGGUCUUGAAGUAAGUAGCUUGGUGGACAGGCAGUUUCGAAUCGUUUCUGGAUCUAAGGAGGAGCUUUUUCAGAUAAAUCAGGAAAAUGGCGUUUUGUACGUUCAUAAGAAACUCGACAGGGAGUCUGUGUGUGCUGGAAGCGGUUUUUGCAUGGUCAAUUUAAAAACCGUUAUUGAAAAUCCUCUCGAGAUACAUUAUGUGGAGGUAGAAAUAUCAGAUAUGAACGAUCAUUCUCCUAGUUUUCCUGAAAAAGAGCAGCGCCUGAGAAUUUAUGAAAAUACACUGCCUGGCGCUACUUAUCAGUUACAGGCGGCCGGUGAUCCAGAUUCUGAAACGAAUUCGAUCCGUUUCUAUAAAUUAAGUCCUAAUGAUCAUUUUGAAAUUCGAUUUAGAGAGAGUGAUGAGGAUAAAAUACCAUUUUUAGUACUGAAGAAGGCUGUUGAUAGGGAGAUUACAACUACAUACAAGUUGAUUUUAACAGCAGUUGACGGAGGGAAUCCUCCGAGAUCUGGCAUUCUUAACAUUACAAUUACCAUUCUAGAUAUAAAUGAUAAUCACCCUGUAUUUAGUCGAGAGACAUAUUCUGUGACAUUACAGGAGAACUGUAUUACUGGCACUGUGGUUAUCCGUGUAAAUGCAACUGAUAUGGACGAGGGCACAAACAGUGAUAUUGAAUACAGUUUUGCAACGUUAAAUACCAAAGUGCAUGAGGUUUUUGAGCUUGAUCAGGACACAGGUGAAAUACGUGUAAAGGGGAAAGUUGAUUUUGAAGAUGCAGAGGUUUAUAAACUCAGUAUUCAGGCAUCAGAUAAGGGACAUCCACCAAUGUCUGCAAAUUGUAGAGUUGUUAUUAAGAUUAUUGAUGUGAAUGACAACCAGCCAGAGAUUGAGAUUACAUCACUUUAUAAGAACAUCCCUGAAGAUUCCAAGCCUGGAACGGUCAUUUAUCUCAUAAGCGUGACUGAUAAAGACGCAGGGAUCAAUGGUAAAGUGAUUUGUCAGAUAAACAAAAAUAUUCCCUUUGAGCUAAAGCCUUCUUUCAAAGACAAUAUGUACUCUUUAGUGACAAAAUAUUGGUUAGAUAGAGAAACGAGUUCACAGUACGACAUUACAAUAACAGCAUCGGAUUUAGGACAGCCGUCUUUGACUGCAUCGACCACUCUAAGCGUUCAGAUUUCUGAUGUGAAUGAUAAUGCUCCGGAAUUUUUAAUAAAUCCUUUACACCUCUACUUAAUGGAAAAUAAUGCAGCCGGUUCGUCCAUCAUUUCUGUAAGCGCCUUUGAUAGAGACACUGCUGAAAAUGCCGUCAUAUUGUAUCAUAUAACUAGAGAUGAUGGGACACAGAAUGAUUUGUCAUCUUUUUUGAAUAUAAAUUCCGAGACAGGUGUUGUUUAUUCGUUAAAGAGAUUUGACUUUGAAACUUCUAAAACGUUCCAGUUCCAUGUUCUCGCUACAGACUCUGGAACUCCAUCUCUGAGCAGUAACGUGACAGUGAACGUGUUUAUUCUGGAUCAGAACGACAACGUUCCAGUGAUCUUAUAUCCAGUCAGCGCUAACGGUUCUGCUGAGGGUGUGGAAGAGAUUCCCCGUAAUGUGAACGCAGGUCAUUUGGUGACUAAAGUCAGAGCCUAUGACGCAGAUAUAGGAUACAACGGCUGGUUAUUAUUUUCACUGCAGGAAGUUAGUGACCACAGUCUCUUUAGUUUGGACCGCUAUACAGGACAGAUAAGGACCCUUCGCUCAUUCACAGAAACAGACGAGGCCCAGCAUAAACUGCUCAUACUGGUCAAAGACAAUGGGAACGUUUCACUCUCAGCAACAGCGACUGUGAUUGUCAAAGUUGUGGAGCCCAAAGAGGCUUUUGCAGCUUCUGAUGUGAAAAACGUAGUAAGAGACGAGGAGGAAAACAACGUGACAUUUUAUUUGAUCAUCACUUUGGGCUCGGUUUCAGUGCUUUUUGUCAUCAGCAUCAUCGUGUUGAUUGCAAUGCAGUCCUCUCAAUCGACAGACUAUUCGUCCAAGUAUUUACAAGGUGCAAAUUACGACGGGACUCUGUGUCACAGCAUCCAGUACAGAUCUGGAGACAAACGGUACAUGUUAGUUGGACCCAGAAUGAGUAUCGGCUCUACUAUAGUCCCAGGAAGUAAUGGAAAUACUCUAGUGAUCCCAGAUCGCAGGAGGAGAGAUUCUGGAGAGUAUGCAGUUACAUAG